AAAUUGGCCCAGCCCGACACUAGCCCUACCCGAAACCAUCUUAACAACCGUAGAGCAACCCGCAGUAGGUGUAGGACCCAACAAAAACUCUGAAAUCCGCGCAAGCAGUCUUUUGACUUUCCCUCUUCUUCUGUUCUGAACCUCAAAUAAGAGUGCAACACAACACAGCACACUCUUCACUCAUAUUUCCUCUCUACAAAGGCAAACCUAUAGAAACAGAAACAAAAACAAAAACAAAAAUUUAAAAGUAAAAAAAGAACAGAACAAACACAUUAUUUUGGCAUUUGCGUCUUUUCAUCAGCCAUGGAGUCGUCCUUGCCGUCUUUACAUCUAGCUAUGGCGGCUCUAGUUGGAGCUUCGUUAAUGGCACUAUCUGCGUUUUAUGUUCACAAGCGCACUGUCGAUCAAGUUCUCGAUCGUCUCAUUGAAAUCCGCCGCGGUUCGCCUAAUAGUCGCAGAAAACAUUCAAUUGUAAGUGACGAAGGAGUGGAUUUUGAUUUUGAAGAAGAGGUGGAAGAGAGGAGUGGAAACGAAAACGACGACGACGACGAUAAUGAUGAGCGGGACGCUGACGUGUACGGCUCUGAUGGAGAGAUGGUGGAUGAUAUAGAGAAGAAAAUGUGGAAGGAGAGUGCAUCAAGGUCCUUAGAUGAUAGGAAUGUGCUUCUUCCAAAUUAUACGAUAUCGUGUUCAAUGCCUAAUGCUGUGUUGAGUAAUGAUUGGUUCAAUCAAGAGCAGCAGCCGGUUAGGUUUAGAGCUCAGGGUCAGGGAGAUAGGCUUAAUUUUAUUCCUUUUGGAUUGCCGCCUCUGCGAACAUCUCAUAGAGACGGUGACAAUAAGUCUGUUAAUUACUCUAGUUCCAUUACAAGGAUGGCAUCUCAUAGCAGGCUAAUUACCCCGAGAUCCCCUGGCGGAGCUGCUUUUGAAAGUAUGGAGGAUUCUGAUGAGGAAGGAACAGAGUAUGCCAUUGGAGAUGACACCAUUUUCAAUAAUGCAAACAUGAAUUCUUCUGCUGAACACGUACAUGAUGUUGAUUCAAAAGUUCAAAGCUCUUCUGUUCCACCCUCUGGAGGUGACAGUAUUAACAGUAUUCAUGAUCAAAAUAUUCGAGAUACUAGAGGUGAAACAGAAGUUGUUGAUUCGCUUGGCAUAAAGGUAGAUACAUCUUCAUUGCACCAAGUGAGGAAUGAUCCUGCUUUUGCCAUGACAAUUUUACCUCCAAGAUUGACAAUGCAUGAGUCUGUAAAUAUAGAAGAGGAAGAAGUAAAGAAGAUGAUCCGUGAAAGCUUGGAUUUGAGGAGUAGGUAUGUUUACAGGGAGGAAGCUCCUUGGAAGAAGUUAUCUGCUGCUGAACCUGGUACACCAGGGUUGAAAUCUGAUCCAUUUCACUUUGAACCUGUUCCAGCAACUAAACAUCACUUUAGGAUGGAAGAUGGAGUUGCACAUGUAUAUGCCAGUGAAAAUGAUACUGUAGAUCUUUUCCCUGUUGCUAGUGCAACAACUUUUUUUACUGAUUUGCACCACCUGCUAAGAAUCAUAUCAAUUGGAAAUGUUCGCACUGCAUGCCAUCACAGACUACGAUUUCUUGAGGAGAAAUUCCGCCUUCAUCUGUUAGUAAAUGCAGAUAGGGAGUUCCUAGCUCAGAAGAGUGCACCACACCGUGAUUUCUACAAUAUCAGAAAAGUUGAUACGCAUGUGCAUCAUUCUGCUUGCAUGAACCAGAAGCAUCUCCUGCACUUUAUCAAGUCAAAGCUAAGAAAGGAACCUGACGAGGUUGUCAUAUUCAGAGAUGGAAAAUACAUGACUCUAAAGGAAGUUUUCGAGAGCUUGGACUUGACUGGGUAUGAUUUGAAUGUUGAUUUGUUGGAUGUCCAUGCUGAUAAGAGUACCUUCCAUCGUUUUGAUAAAUUCAAUCUUAAAUACAAUCCUUGUGGACAAAGUAGACUCAGGGAGAUUUUCUUAAAGCAAGAUAAUCUUAUUCAAGGACGUUUCUUGGCAGAAGUAACCAAAGAAGUUCUAACAGAUCUUGAAGCAAGCAAAUACCAGAUGGCUGAGUACAGAAUUUCUAUCUAUGGAAGGAAACAAAGUGAGUGGGACCAGCUGGCUAGUUGGUUUGUUAACAAUGCUAUUUAUAGUGAGAAUGCUGUUUGGUUAAUCCAGCUACCAAGGCUAUACAAUGUGUACAAGGAACUGGGAACAGUUAAAUCUUUUCAGAAUAUUCUUGAUAAUGUUUUUAUUCCACUAUUUGAAGUCACAAUCAAUCCAAGCUCGCAUCCUCAACUACACCUAUUUUUAAUGCAGGUCGUGGGAUUGGAUAUUGUCGAUGAUGAAAGUAGACCUGAAAGGCGUCCAACUAAGCACAUGCCAAAACCAGCUGAAUGGACCAAUGAAUUUAAUCCAGCCUACUCAUAUUAUGCUUAUUACUGCUAUGCAAACUUAUAUACUCUUAAUAAGCUUCGUGAAUCUAAAGGAUUUUCGACCAUUAAAUUUCGGCCACACUGUGGAGAGGCUGGUGAUAUUGACCAUUUGGCAGCGGCAUUCCUUUUGUGCCAUAAUAUAUCUCAUGGGAUCAACUUACGGAAAUCUCCUGUUUUGCAAUACUUGUAUUACCUUGCUCAGAUUGGACUGGCUAUGUCACCAUUGAGCAACAAUUCCCUUUUCCUGAACUAUCAUCGAAACCCGUUACCAAUGUUCUUCCAGCGUGGGCUGAAUGUCUCACUCUCAACUGAUGAUCCUUUGCAAAUUCAUUUGACAAGGGAACCACUGGUAGAAGAAUAUAGCAUUGCAGCAAAGGUGUGGAAGCUCAGCUCAUGCGACCUAUGUGAGAUAGCGAGAAAUUCUGUUUAUCAGUCUGGAUUCUCCCAUGUGGCAAAGUUGCAUUGGCUUGGUAGCAAAUAUUUUGUGAGAGGUCCAGAAGGAAAUGAUAUUCACAAGACAAAUGUACCUCAUAUGAGGAUCGACUAUCGACACGAGACAUGGAAGGAGGAGAUGCAGUAUGUCUACUCUGGAAGGGCUAAUUUUCCUCAAGAAAUAGAAUUCUAGACAAAAUGAAAUACUGUACUGAAGCAUCUAGAAAUUGGACGAUGGUGUUCAGUGAGACAUGCCAUCAGUUUGUCUGAAUGUUUUGGGAUUCAUAUUUAUGGUGUCAUUGAUACUUGUCAUGACUUCAUUAUACAUGCUGCUUGCAACAACCAAUGGUGCCGAGAAAAAUUAUGUUAGCUUUAAUGGUGAGUUACCAGUUUGCGGAAGCAAUUUUGUGAUCU